AUGGACGCCAACCAGCUUCUCACCAACACCCUCUCGCCGGACCAGGCAACCCGUACCAAUGCCGAGCAGCAGCUCGAGGCGGCCGCACGGGACAGCUACCCGGAGUACGUGACGAUGCUCGCCACUGAGCUCGCCAACGAGGCGUCACCCGUUCACAUCCGGACCGCCGCCGGCCUCGCCGUCAAAAACGCCCUCGUCGCGCGCGACUCGUCUCGUGUCGAGGAGUAUGCCGCACGGUGGACGGCGCUGCCCCAGGAGUCGAGGAACGACGUCAAGGCAAAGGUGCUCAAUUCGCUCGGCAGCCAGGAGCACCGCGCCGGCACCGCCGCAGCCCAGGUCGUGGCCGCCAUCGCCGCCAUCGAGCUGCCCGUGGGCAUGUGGAGCGAGCUCAUCUCCCAGCUGCUGCAGGCCGUCUCGGACCAGGGCAACCUCAGGCUCCGCCAGGCAUCGCUCCAGGCCAUCGGUUUCACCUGCGAAGUCAUCAGCUCGGACGUCCUCGCGGCGCAGAGCAACGAGAUCCUGACGGCCGUCGUCCAGGGCGCCCGUAAGGAGGAGACGUCGCACGAGGUCCAGCUGGCGGCGCUGCAGGCCCUCUACAACUCGCUCGAGUUCGUCCGCGCCAAUUUUGACCGCGAGGGGGAGCGCAACUACAUUAUGCAAGUCGUCUGCGAGGCCACGCAGAGCCAGCAGGUGACCGUCAAGGUGGCCGCGUACGAGUGCCUUGUCCGCGUCAUGCAGCUCUACUACGACAAGAUGCGCUUCUACAUGGAGCAGGCGCUCUUUGGCCUCACCGUGCUGGGCAUGCGGGAUUCGGAGCCCAAGGUGGCGCUGCAGGCCGUCGAGUUCUGGUCGACGGUGUGCGACGAGGAGAUCGAGCUGGUGAUCGAGGCCGAGGAGGCGCAGGAGUUUGGCGAGGAGCCCGAGCGGCUGUGCUACAACUUUGCCCGCAUCGCGCUGCCCGAGAUCCUGCCGGUGCUGCUCGACCUGCUCAAGCACCAGGACGAGGACGCCGACGAGGACGAGUGGGACGUCUCCAAGGCCGCCGGCACCUGCGUCGGCCUCUUGGCCCAGGUCGUCGCCGACGACAUUGUCCGCCUCGCGAUCCCCUUCAUCGAGAGCAACAUCAAGGACGAGAACUGGCACAGCCGCGAGGCCGCCGUCAUGUGCUUUGGCUCCAUCAUGGAGGGCCCCGACAGCAAGACGCUGGCGCCGCUCGUCGAGCAGGCGCUGCCGACAAUCAUCGAAAUGCUGCGCGACCAGAGCGUGGCGGUCAAGGACACGGCUGCCUGGACGCUGGGCCGGAUCUCGGACCUCUGCUGCGACGCCAUCAAGCCCGACGUCCACCUCGCCGGCAUGAUCCAGGCGCUCGUCGUCGGCCUGCAGGACGAGCCGAGGAUCGUCACCAACUGCUGCUGGGCCAUCAUGAACCUCUCGGAGCAGCUCGGGAGCAACGCGCUGCCCUACGAGGAGGGCGCCGUGACGGGGGCCACGCCGCUCUCGCCCUACUUUGAGGGCAUCGUCGGCAGCCUGCUGCAGGCCACCGGCCGGCCCAACAACGAGUCCAACAGCCGCACCUCGGCCUACGAGGCGCUGGCCAGCUCGGUGACCAACAGCGCCGCCGACUGCCUGCCGCACGUCAGCAACGUGCUGGUCCAGGUGCUGGACCGCCAGCAGUCGCUCAACGAGAUGGCCAACCAGCUGCUCGACAUGGACGACCGCAACAACUGGGCCGAGCUGCAGAGCAACCUGUGCAGCGUCCUCAUGGCCCUCGUCCGCCGCCUCGGCCGCGAGGUGCUUCCGAUGGGUGACCGCAUCAUGACCAACCUGCUGACGCUGAUCCAGAACAGCGCCAAGCAGCCGACGGUGCUCGAGGACGCCUUCUUCGCCGUCGGCGCCGUCAUCACGGCCUUCGAGGCCGACUUCGAGAAGUACCUCGGCGCCUUCCUGCCGUUUAUGGUCGAGGGCCUGCGCAACCACGAGGAGUACCAGCUGUGCUCGAUCAGCGUGGGCCUGAUCGGCGACAUCUGCCGCGCCCUCGGACCGCAGGCGGCCCAGUACAGCGACGACUUCAUGAACGCGCUGUUUGCCAACCUCCAGAGCCCGCAGCUCAACCGCAGCGUCAAGCCGCCGAUCCUCAGCUGCUUUGGCGACAUCGCCAUGGCCAUCGGCGCCGGCUACGACAAGUACAUGCAGCUCUCGAUGGCGGUGCUGCAGCAGGCGGGCCAGAUUGCGCCGCCCAACAUCAGCGAUUUUGAAAUGAUCGACUACAUCAACAGCCUGCGCGAGGGCAUCGCCGAGGCCUACGUGGGCGUCACGUCGGGCAUGGUGGCGUCGGGCCAGGCCGAGAAGCUGCAGCCGUACGUCGAGGCCAUGUUCCAGUUCAUCGGGCUGGUGGCGCAGGCGCAGGCGCUGACGCAGGCGUCCGAGGCCCUCAUCCGGGGCGCCAUUGGGCUGCUGGGCGACCUGGCCUCUGCCUACCCCAAGGGCGAGCUCAAGGUGCUGCUGCAGGAGCCGUGGGUGGCCGAGUUUAUCAAGGCUGGCCGCGGCCGCGGCAACACCCCGGACACGCGCAAGACGGCGGCGUGGGCCCGCGAGAUGGUCAAGAAGGCGUCGGCAUAG